CCUAUGUAAACAAUUUUAUGAAUAAUUUUAUCUUUUGAUCUUCUUUUAUAUUAUUUUAUUUAUAUAUUUUAGUAUAUUAAAAUGUCUUUUUUAUACGUUAAGGCAUAUUAUGGACCUUGCAACACUUUUGAUACCUGCAAACAUAAACCGCAGUUGUUAACUGGUCUUAGAGAUCGACUUCAAAAGUUGGGCUUCCGAAUAGAUCUCAUCCCGGUUCCAUUCAUAAACUAUUGCAUGCUCGAAAUGUGUGGACAUGAAGUAUUCCGCUGCAACCUGAGGCAUUUGAGAUUCAACACGAAGCCGAGCCGGGAUAAGAUUUGUAGGAAAGCAAUAGAAGCAGUGAUGACGUCAGCCGUGAAGUUCCGACGAGCUCGCGCCAUUCUCUGGUUCUGGACGGCUUUGGAUCACCAGAUGUUCAGAAGAAGCAAGUUCGCUCCCAAAGACUACUGGGCUUCUGACAUCACACACCCAGCAACUACGUGCACAGACUGUGCACUGUGCUGCCAUAAGGCUAGUCGAAAGCAAGAACUUGUUGACGAUGAUAUACCUGAAGGACUUGAACCAACACACCAUGAUAGUGUACAUUUUGAUACAAUAUCUGAAUUCUCAGUUAUUAUAGCAGAUGCACAGAAAAAAUAAACAUAAGAACUUACUUGUUUAACGGAUUUGAAGGCGAUGUGAAAACUUGUGUGAGAUGAGAAGUCGAGUGCUUUUGAAGUCGGUGGACUAUUCCUACUUAGUGAUAAAUUAUGGAAAACAUUGAUAAUUAUGCCUUUCCUAAACCAAACUGAAAAAUCCUGAAGUUUUCACGAACACUAUUUCGAUCGUAGAUUGGUACCUAUGUUCUUGCAUAUCGCUUGUUUCAACUAACUAUAUUUUGAACAAUAUUGUUAACAUUUUGUAUUUUUAUAGCUUAUUUAAAUAUGUGUAAGGCGACAUAUUGCCCCCUUCAAGUGUGGCUCGAAGGCGAGAUUGUCUCCUUUGGUCAGAUAUUUUUGGCCGGAUUUUCCCGAAUAUAUUUUCAUGUCUCCAAGAAAAACUAUUGUGAAUCAAUUGGCCUACUGAUGUAAAUUCGUCGAUUAUGGAACUAUGAAUUUUUACGUAGCUCAGAAUCGUCGGGAGGCAAAUAUCGUUUCUUUUCUCUUGAACGUAUUCUGAACACGAUUGGAAAAUGAAUAGGAUUUUUAUUUAUAUUCGAUAAAUAAAACUUUUCAAAUAAUAUAAAUAAAAUAAAAUAAAACAAUAGGGUGUUUAGAAUUAAUUCAAGAGCAAAAUAAAGGGUGCCGCGGAUCCUAGCAUAAGUACAUUUGUAUGGAACAUAUCUCCUGCACGAGCAAAAUAAUUUACAAGUUCCAUAAUCCCCGAAUACCUCAGUGAGGCACUUAACUCCCAGUAGUUUUCCUAGGACAACUGGCCCAGUCAUGAAAACGUAUUGGAGCAAAUCUGGCCCCAACAUCUGACCAUCUCAGCCUCGGGCCAGUUUUGUUGUGGGCGAGAUGUCGCCUGACUCGUAAAUAUACUUU